AUGGGAAAAAAUCCAAAGAACGAGCUAGGUAGGGCUCUUGUGAAGCAACACAAUCAAAUGAUUCAACAAACGAAGGAGAAAGGUCGAAUCUACAAAAAGAAGUUUCUCGAAUCGUUUACCGAAGUUUCUGAUAUUGACGCCAUCCUUGAACAACCGGAUGAGGAUGAUAAGCAGCUUCUUGAUCUUCCUGUUCCUCCUCCCACUGCCCUCAUCAAUCUGGAUCCUGUAUCUGGUAGUGGCUUUAAUGGUUUGACGCCUGAAGAAAUGAAGAAGGAGCAAAAGAAUGAAGAGGCACUGCAUGCUAGCAGUCUUAGAGUUCCACGCAGGCCAUCAUGGAGUGCUGAAAUGUCUGCUGACGAGCUUCAUACCAAUGAAACACAACAUUUCUUAACUUGGCGUCGCAGCCUGGCAAGACUUGAGGAAAAUAAGAAGCUUGUCCUUACUCCAUUUGAGAAAAAUCUUGAUAUCUGGAGACAGCUCUGGCGGGUUGUUGAGCGCAGUGAUUUGCUUGUUAUGGUUGUUGAUUCCCGAGAUCCAUUGUUCUAUCGCUGUCCUGACCUUGAGGCUUAUGUAAAGGAGGUUGAUGUGCAUAAACGCACAUUGCUUUUGGUUAAUAAGGCAGAUCUUUUACCUGCUUCUGUCAGAGUGAAAUGGGCAGAAUACUUUCGUGCUCAUGAUAUUCUCUUUAUCUUCUGGUCUGCCAAAGCUGCUACUGCGGUUUUGGAAGGCAAAAAACUUGGUUCAUCACAGACUGAUAACAUGUUAAAUGCAAAUAACCCAGUCACGAAGAUAUAUGGAAGGGAUGAACUUUUGACCCGCCUGCAAUCAGAGGCAGAAGAUAUAGUAUGCAGGAGAAGAAAUUCAGGCUCCUCUGACACAGGGUCAUCGACUAUUAAGUCCUCAGGUGAAAAUACUUCUGCUAGUUCAUCGUCAAAUCAUGUAGUUGUGGGAUUUGUUGGAUAUCCUAAUGUAGGGAAAAGUUCAACUAUCAAUGCUCUGGUUGGACAAAAGAAAACCGGUGUCACCUCUACCCCAGGAAAAACAAAGCACUUUCAGACAUUAAUUAUUUCUGAAAAGUUGACCCUUUGUGACUGUCCUGGGUUAGUUUUUCCAUCUUUCUCAAGCUCAAGAUAUGAGAUGAUUACUUGUGGGGUGUUGCCAAUUGAUAGGAUGACUGAACACAGAGAGUGUGUUCAAGUUGUCGCCAAUAGAGUCCCGAGACAUGUCAUAGAAGAGAUCUAUAACAUCAGUCUUCCUAAACCUAAGUCAUAUGAGUCCCAAUCCCGCCCCCCUCUAGCAUCUGAACUUUUGAGAACAUAUUGUGCUUCUCGUGGGCAAUCUACUUCUAGCGGACUACCUGACGAAACCAGAGCUUCUCGGCAGAUACUGAAAGAUUACAUUGAUGGGAAGCUGCCUCACUAUGCUAUGCCACCUAACGUGUCAAAUCAAGAAUUAGAUUCCGAAGAUUCCACUGGACAUGACCAAGUUAAUUUGCAUUCAAAUGUGUCGGAUUCAUCUGAUAUUGAAGAGUCUUCAGAUGUUGAGACUGUACUUACACCAAAACUUGAGCACGUGUUGGACGACCUCAGUUCAUUCGACAUUGCUAAUGGGCUUGCUUCAAACAAAGUUGCGGCUAAGAAGUCCAAGGAAUCACAUAAGCAUCACAAAAAGCCUCAGAGGACAAAAGAUCGCUCGUGGAGAGCUGGGAAAGCAGGGAAGGAUGAUACGGAUGGGAUGCCAAUUGCAAGAUUUCAUCAGAAACCAGUAAAUGCAGGUCCUCUGAAUGUUUGA